AUGACUGUGCCCAAAGUACAUGUCAAUGAUCAGAGUCCCGUAGCCGAUGAUACCUCUCCAACAAGAGAGGCAGCGGAGAGUCCAUCGUCCACUACAAGGAAAUCACUACAUCAGAACAUCAUCGGCAAGUUACGCCCGCUACCAUUUCAAUACCAUUGGACAGUCUGGUACGACCGGCACUCCGAGUCCACGGACUAUGACAAGAGACUGUAUGUCUUACACGAAGAUGUUGCCGAUAUUGCUACUUUCUACCGGGUCUACAACAAUUAUCCCUGGGACAAGGUCCGAUUGCGAGACUCCGUUCAUAUCUUCCGUAAGGGCGUCCGCCCGAUCUGGGAAGAUCCAGAGAACCUGAAAGGGGGUUGUUGGAGGUUCAGGGUUCCGAAGAGCAAAGCCCAAGAGUUCUUCCACGAGAUUGCUAUACUGUGCAUGGCGAAUGAGUUUCAGGCUGCCUUGGAGAAAGAACAUGACCAUGUCCUUGGAGUGUCAAGCUCCGUCCGCUUCAAUUCGCACAUGAUAUCGGUUUGGAACAAGCUGGGCUCGAAUGAGCGCUCCAUUAAGAUUCUCGAGCGGACCAUUCUUGAACGUCUAUCACCUGAGCUGCGGCCCACCAGUUCUGGUCCAAAUUCAUAUUUCUAUAAACGUCACGAUGAAAAUGAUGGCUAUCACGAGGCUGUUGCGGCUCAUGUGUCAUCUUGA